AUGUCUACAAACUCAGAACGACCAGUCAUCGCUAUUGUACAAGGUGCAUGGCAUCGUGCAAGCCAUUACCAAGGCCUUGUGCAGUCACUUACCGAUAAAGGCUUCACAGUUCUGCAACCAGAUAACGUCUCAGCUGGCAAGGAUGAAGAUAUCAAAGGAAAGACUCAUCUAGACGAUGUUGAGGCCAUUCGAAAGUCUCUUCAGCCCGCCCUUGAUGAAGGCAAGCGGAUCGUGCUGGUCUGCCAUAGCUACGGAGGCAUUCCUGGUUCCGCUGCCGUCGAAGACCUACAGGUUCACGAGCGAGAGGUGAAGGGAAUGCCUGGUGGCAUUUCGCACAUCGUCUAUAUCGCCGCGUUUGCUCUUCCUGCAAAGGGUCUUUCUCUUUUAUCCGCCGCUGGAGGCCAGCAUGGUCCUUUUCUCGACAGAACAGACGAUAUCUGCUACCUAAACGACAAAGCGCAAAACGCCUUCUACAACGACUGCACCCCUGAAGUAGCUAAGCAGGCAAUUAGCGAAUGUGUCAAUCAUAGCACUGUAUCCCUCGAAACGCCAGCCGACUUUGUCGCUACUGAUAUCACUGUGCCUAAGACGUAUAUUGUCUGCGAGAUUGAUAAUACGGUUCCGGUGCAGGGACAAUUGGCUAUGGCAGGUGCUAUGGGAGAUGGGGUUAAUGUGGAGAAGAUAGAGGCUGGGCAUUGUCCGUUCCUGAAUGAGAAGACUCUGCCUAAGGUUGUGGAGAUUAUUGAGAAGGCUGCGUAUUGA